ACGGAAGAUGCCACUUUUUUGUAUUCAUGGUUUUAGAAGGCUUUUGAGAAUCCAAAUCCAUCUCCACCAGCAUCCUGGAGCUAUCCGGAAAAGGGAGAGUAGCUCCAAAAUGCCGUUUAGGAUGGAUUCGGGACGAAAGGUCUUGCUACUUUGUGCUACAACUACAUAGGAAGACACUACUUACGAGAAAAGAUAAGAUCAACAAACGACAUUCGCAAAAUUGAUUAUGCUGCAAAAGAAAAGGCUGUAAAAGUUCGACUUGUAACAAGUCAACUCCUUUUUUCGUGACUGGUGGAACCGUGAUCAACAUUGGCAACGCGCUUUGUGCUAAGACAGCAAAGCAUUUUACUCGGGUCUUACGAAGAAUUCGAGGAGAAGUUGCCACAUAAAUCAUGGGGAAUCGGUUUCCUUCGGGGGGGGGAUCGACGACAGCAGAGGCCGGAACGCAGACAGUUGUCGACGUGCCGGACAGUGGACCUCCACAAAGCGCGUUGCCCGCUGCAGAGCAAGUCGAACCGUUGGGUGAUGUAGUCGGUGUGGAGGCCGAGGCUCAGCCCAUUACGGAAGAAAAAAGUGGGCCGGAAAGUGGGGCCACAGGAGAUCCGGUACCGGGCGAAGCGGCAAGUGCGGUUUUACAAAAGUUAAGAUAUGUCGCUGUAGGUAGUAGCUAGUCCGUGGCAUACCUCAAAGCCCUUACACUCUUCCUUGAGUAAAACCUUGCCAGAAAGUGAUGGCUUUUCAGGGUGGCCUGAAAUAUGGUCUCCCACAAGAACGAGUAGGGUCAUGGAUCGUUGUGCCCAGAGUGAUCUAGUCUUUAGGCGUUUCGCAUCGGGGUUGAUGAGGACUCGGGAUGUCGUUACAGAUUGUUGUGAGAACUCAUUCUUGACGAUCGAUAAGCGCUUCAGCUUACCUGGAAAAGCCGAUCGGCAAGAAGUGUUAACAUGUGAAUAAUCACGACUCUCAAAAUACUACUACGCGCGAUAUUGAUAUAAGCUUCCGACUUGUAAGCAUUGCCUAACAGAUCUCGUUCGCGCUCAUGCACGGGCGUCCCAUCGUCCGAAAAGUGCCCAAAGUGGCGGCUUGGAUAAUACCCGGGGAGUGCCCAACGCGGGCGAGCUGACGGCCUCGCAGCGCUGUGGCGGCGUGGUCGGCUGGCUCGGCAGGCCCGGCCUCUCCUGGUGCCGAGUGUGCGCCUGCGGCCCAUAGUUUUGCGCGGAGCGUGGCGGGGGUCUUUUGGCUUGUCGUGGAGCUGCGCGCCAGCGCUCCGCGCGGCGUGCCCCCCAUGCGCGGCCGGGCCGCUGGUGUUCGUGCGCCAAGGCAGCGAGGGCUGGCCGGGGACGCGCACCGCAUGCGCCUGCGCGCGCGUUUGCCGGCACUCUGGCGCGUGGCAUCUUUCGCGCAGCCUCUUCCGCUCUCGGGAGACGAGGCAGGACGGUGCACCCGCCUAGCGCUGCUGCGGUCCCUUUUCCGGCGCCUUGCCUUCGGUGUGUGGUCUUCACUCGGCUGCUUGAGGGCCUUUGGGCCUCCAAUUGCUAUCGCGCUUUGUCCCCGGUGCUUGCUCUCGCGGGUGUGUUCGGUUUGUUCGUUGCUGCAAUGAGCGUAAAGUUAAGACAUGCCGCUGUGGGUAGUAGUCCGGGGCAGACCUCAAACCCUUACACUCUUCCUUGAGUAAAACCUUGCCAGAAAGUGAUGACUUUUCAGGGUGGCCUGGAAUAUGGUCUCCCACAGGCACGAGUAGGGCCACGGAUCGCUGUGUCCAGAGUGAUCUAGUUUUUGGCGUUGGCGUCGGGGUUGAUGAGGACUCGAGAUGUCGUUACAGAUUGAUGUGAGAACUCAUUCUUGACGAUAGAUGAGCGCUUCGGCGUACCUGGAAAAGCCGAUCGGCAAGAAGUGCUAACAUGUAAAUAAUCACGACUCUCAAAAUGCUGGUACGCGCGAUAUUGAUAUAAGCUUCCGACUUGUAAGCAUUGCCUAACAGAUCUCGUUCGCGCUCAUGCACGGGCGUCCCAUCGUCCGAAAAGUGCCCAAAGUGGCGGCUUGGAUAAUACCCGGGGAGUGCCCAACGCGGGCGAGCUGACGGCCUCGCAGCGCUGUGGCGGCGUGGUCGGCUGGCUCGGCAGGCCCGGCCUCUCCUGGUGCCGAGUGUGCGCCUGCGGCCCAUAGUUUUGCGCGGAGCGUGGCGGGGGUCUUUUGGCUUGUCGUGGAGCUGCGCGCCAGCGCUCCGCGCGGCGUGCCCCCCAUGCGCGGCCGGGCCGCUGGUGUUCGUGCGCCAAGGCAGCGAGGGCUGGCCGGGGACGCGCACCGCAUGCGCCUGCGCGCGCGUUUGCCGGCACUCUGGCGCGUGGCAUCUUUCGCGCAGCCUCUUCCGCUCUCGGGAGACGAGGCAGGACGGUGCACCCGCCUAGCGCUGCUGCGGUCCCUUUUCCGGCGCCUUGCCUUCGGUGUGUGGUCUUCACUCGGCUGCUUGAGGGCCUUUGGGCCUCCAAUUGCUAUCGCGCUUUGUCCCCGGUGCUUGCUCUCGCGGGUGUGUUCGGUUUGUUCGUUGCUGCAAUGAGCGUAAAGUUAAGACAUGCCGCUGUGGGUAGUAGUCCGGGGCAGACCUCAAACCCUUACACUCUUCCUUGAGUAAAACCUUGCCAGAAAGUGAUGACUUUUCAGGGUGGCCUGGAAUAUGGUCUCCCACAGGCACGAGUAGGGCCACGGAUCGCUGUGUCCAGAGUGAUCUAGUUUUUGGCGUUGGCGUCGGGGUUGAUGAGGACUCGAGAUGUCGUUACAGAUUGAUGUGAGAACUCAUUCUUGACGAUAGAUGAGCGCUUCGGCGUACCUGGAAAAGCCGAUCGGCAAGAAGUGCUAACAUGUAAAUAAUCACGACUCUCAAAAUGCUGGUACGCGCGAUAUUGAUAAAAGUACUCGACUUGUAAGUAUUGCCUAACAGAUCUCGCUCGCGCUCAUGCACGUGCGCCCCAUCGUCCGAAAAAUGCCCAAAGUCGCGGCCCCAAUAAAUCCCGGGGAUUUCCAAACGCGGGCGAGCUGACUGCCUCGCAGCUCUGGGGCAGCGUGGCCGGCAUGCCCGGCCCCUCCCGGCACCGGUCGCUGCGCCUGCGGCCCAUGGUUUUGCGCGGGGCGUGGCGGAUGUCUUUGGGCUUUUCGGCUGGCGGCGAGCCUCUUCCGCCCCCGGGAAACAGGGCAGGGCGGCGCACCCAGCUAGCGCUCUUGCGGUCUUUUUUCCGGCGCCUUGCCUUCGGUGCGGGGUCUUCCCUCGGCUGCCGGGGGGCCGGCUUCUGGGCCUCCAUUCACUUGGGCGCCCCGUUCUUGGUGCCUGCUCCCGUGAGCGUGUUCGGCUUGCUGCCGCUGCUUCCGUUGGUGCUCUUUGGUGCUACGGCGGAGCCCCUUGCUUUCGUUCAUGCGUGUGCUCUUAUUUAGUUUGUUCGGGCCCUUCCCUGGAGGCGGUCUGCUUUUACUGCGUGCCCGCCGCUUCUCUCAGCCCGUCCCCUUGGCGGCGGGGCCUGUCUGUGCAGAGGGAUGGGCCUGGUCGCUUGUCUUGUCUUAUAUUCCUCGGCGGGCUGGUCUGUAUUCGUUAGGCCUCAUGCGUCGGCCCCUGUUGUCGGUGUUGUUUGGCGUGGGUUUUUGUACAAGCCAAGCGCGCGGACGUGCUUUGCGUCUGUGGUUUGGGGCUGGGGUGGAUUACCGAAAAAGCCUAGCUACGUGAGGGCCAAUUGUGGGGCCGCGGCCUCUGCGUAGUGGGUCUGGUGAGUGAAGGCGGCUGGCUUACCUAGGUAGCUGCUGUCGUCGGUCUAGUUUCAGUUCGUCUGCCUUAUAUGAGCGCCUGGGCCCCUCACUAUUACUGCCCUGUUGUGAAAAUGAACAGGAGAGCAGUGUGGACGCUUCUGGUUCCGGGUGUAUUUGAUUACUUUGCGUGCGGUCUGGCUAUCAUACCACGGGCAAGGUGAUGCCAGGCCUUAUCUUCAAUAAGUCAAAAAGCUAGCCUCUUCGCAAUUGUUAGGCCCGAUGCUGCUGCCCUACUUACUUUUCCCCGGCUCAUUGGGCGGGGGCUGGCCCCACCUGCUUUCGCGAUGGUGUCGCCUGGUUCUUAUUCGUGUCCCGCUACCUGCGCCCGUGCUCGCCGGCGGUCGUGUCGAUCCCCUCAACCCCCGGGUCCCUUGCCCUGGGGGGGUUGCGGCUCGUUGGGUUCUAGGGUUUGCCGCGGGCGUUGUUUUAGCUUGUGCGUGGCGACCAAGCGGGGCCGAAGCGGUGGCCAAAGGAGGCUCCGGAGAAGCUUCGGCAACGGCCGGCGAGGCAGGUGCAGUUCCACAAGAGUUACGCCGGGUCCCUGUCAGUAGUGGCCGGGCUGGGUGGGUGUGCUAUCCAGCUCUUGUGCUCUGCCUUGAGUAGAAUCCGGUCAGAAAGUGACAAUUCUCGAGGCUGGCGUGUAAUGGGUGCCACCGAGAGCACGGGUAGGGCUAUGAGGCAUGGCCCCCUGGGUGACUUCAGUAUUAUGCCUUCUGCCUUCGUGUUAAUGAUGGUGCGAGGCCCCCCCGUGAUGUCGUUACAGACUGUUGCGAGAACCCCAUCACAAUCGAGAAGCGUCUAGCCAGAGGAUGCGUGAGAACGCUCAACGCAUAUGCACGCUAUCAAUUUCAUCAGCUGCAAGGCUACAAAAAUAGUCGACAGGUAACCCGUCCUAUUCUAGUUCAUGUCAUCUACAUGCAUUCGGCUUGCCGAAACCAUAAUUAGGUCAGCUCUACCGGUAAUUUCGUAAGCAUUAUGCUGUAUGUUGGAAGCAGUGUUAGUUUUGCUAUAUAUCUGAACGGAUAGAUUAUCAAUUUAGAUUCGGAUGAAGCAGAAGAUAAGAGUAAAGCACUAAGCAUCUUCGACCUCGACCUCGAAGUCUCUCAGACGAGAGGAAGGAGAGUGACCAAGAUGCUUGAUCCGGGCGAUGGACACGGUCCCCGAAUAUACGGAGCGGACCGAAUUCUGGCAGCGGUUUUCGCGGUCGCACAAACAACUGUGGACACCUUCCUGCAGCUAAGAAAGAUGAUUUUCUUUGUGAAAUUAAGAUUUGCGGGGGAGCGACUAGCCUCGCCCGCUUCGUUACAGUUACUUCCGUCUGUCAUUUUUCCCCAAUCCGUACACCCGGCCAGCUUGCGGGACGUCUGUAAAGAAGUCCGCCUACGACGGACUUGUCGGAGCAUCGGGUCCAGGUCACUCGCCCAGGAACUCUGGGCGCGACAUUGUCUAGAGCGAGACGGGGUCCCCGUGCUUCGCUCUGCGUGCUUUCUCACAGGGGCGAUGGCCAUAGGCAUGCGACGAGCGUCCCAGGCGCCCGCCAUUCAUUGGCGUCGGCUUCUUGGGUGAGGGCAGUCUCCCUGCGCGUCUCCGUUGUGCUUCGUCGCUGCUUCCUUCUCAUACUGCAGCGCCGCUCACGGCUUUCGAGGCCGACGGGCUAGUGGUAUUCCGUGCAGUCUUCUAGCCCCUUUGCCGCGACCAUGGCUUUCAUUGGUGUUCGGGGUCCUUGCCUGUGCAGUGAAACCGUUGGAGCGCCUUGCGGGGUUUCUUGCUUUUCUGCAAGGUGGUGCGGCUUGUGGCACUCGGCGCGCCCCGUUCUCCGUCUCCUUCGGCCUUUUACGGGGAGCAGGCUGGCGUGGUGCUCGUGCUCACUCAUCUUCGCGCUCGAGCUGACGGCGCCGGGCGAUGCCAGGCCCGGAUUGAUCGGCGGGCGGGUGGUUACUUACAUCCGAGAAUGUGUAGAGUGAUCACCGGAGAGACCCUCACAGAGAAACAUGUGUGGGCUUUUGGCUGGCACCGAGAGGAAGCCUUUUCGUGUUCUCGGUAGUUGUGUUGCCAGCCAUCGCGGGCGACGCAAAGCCGGUCACAUCAUUGGGCUGGGCGAGGGAAUUGGGCGGCACGGUUUGUUCCUCUUUUUUGCGAUGCCACCUGCCCCGGGCGUGCUAGCGUGGUCUCCUCUGGUCUCGUUGUUUCUGCUCCCCUCUCCUCGGUGUCAAUGGGUGGAGGGUGGUGUGGCCGCGUGUCUCCUCCCUGGUUCGCAGCCGGCGGCUCUGUUUCGGGCUCUCCCAUUUUGUCAGGCCUUCCUUCAAAUGGCGGCGCGCCCGCUGCCCAUUUGUGUAGCAGCUGAGCCACGUGGGAGCGCGGCGCACUCCGGUGGAUUUACAAAACCACCAGCGCCAGCCAGGUUGCUGGCCGCUUGGGGCUACAGAUCCCCCGGCCAUGCCACGCCGCUGCCGCCUGUUUGGAUUAGGCACGGACGGACGCGGCAGUGCCGCGUCGCGCGUUCGGGUGGGGUGUGUGUGCGUCACGAAUGCGUACAAACUGCGCCCCGCCCCGCCCCGCAGGGUGGGGCCCUCGUCGUUUUUGGGGGUGGUGCUUUUCGGCAGGAGCUAGGCAUGAGUGCCCGCGCGCGGGGAGGCCUGGCGAUUUCAGGGUCGGCCGCGUGGUUUGGUAUCGGUUCUCGAUCGUUUCUUGGGAGCUUUUAUUUUCUUGGGGAGGUGCGGGCACGAGCGGGUUUUGUGGCUUCAGGCUCCCCAGCCUGUGCUACGGACAUGCGGCGUGGCUCUUUCGGGGGAUGACGAAGUGCCGAGGCCCCGAUUGGUUCGGUGUUCGUCAUUACCUUAGCGAGGCGGGCGCUCGGUUUUGAUUGUGUUGUGUCUUUUAUUCUCUUUUGAGCUCAAUUGCGAUCGCCUUGCAGCGUGCUAUGCUUGCCCGGGUCUUGGGAAGAGCGACCCAGCCAAGAGCAUCACCUACUGCCUGCAGCCGCACGCGUAUUUGCCCGUCCCCUAGUCCUCGAGGUUCCUUUCUUGUAUAAAGAAAUGCAGACGCGGGGCACAGGGGCCUCCAUUCCCCGAAAAGCCGCAAAGGGGUGAGACGUUGCACCCCUGUCGAGUGAGGUAUUGAAAGGACAGCUCGGCGGGGGGGGGAGGAGCUCUGGUUUUGGUUGGUGAAUAGCUCUAAACAUACAAUAUCAGCUUGUUUGUGGCAGUAGUCUCGAGGGGUGCCUAGCGAGCUCGACUGGCACCGAAGAAGCCGAGGAGCGGCGCGUGGCUAUCACCAAACUCGUACGGCCUGACAAAGCCUUUCGCAGUCUUAUGGAAUGCAAUGGCGAGUCAAGGUGCGUGCGCUCCUUAUCGCGGCCCCUCUCCUCUCCGUGCAAUCCAUCGCUGUGCCCAUCAAUAAAGGUACGUGCAAGAAUUAAAGAGAGGGUCGAUAUUGAGUAGCGGCCAUGAAAGUGCACUCCCGUUUCCUUUUCAUGUGUCAGAUCAUUCAGAGCGACCCCAUUCUGGUGGCCUUUGGAAGCGGGGCUGCCGUGCGAUAUCAGCUGCGGGUCAAGGGUUAUGAUUAUAGCAUAAGUGUACUCUAGUCUUUUUUCUAGUUAGGUCGGCUCCACCACAAUUAGAGCAUAAGUGUAUUAGAUGUUGGGGAAGCGUUGGCCGUGUCUGCAUCUGAUAGUUUAUGGGAUUUGGAAGCUGCACAGCCGAGCCUGUAGUAAGCUGUACUGACUAUUCGGGCCAAGUAAAGCGACAAUGGCCUUGGCCAAUCAAAUUCACAUACUAGAUCGGUAGCGUCACCGCGUCGCAUAGCUUCCAACAGGGUCAAGCGCUUUUGAGCCCGCCACACGCUAACAAGCCGCGGGCGGUGAUGAAACGGAUGGCCAGGUGAACGAUAUUCUGCAGCCAAGCUGGACGAUCGCGUACGACAGGGGGUUUGUCUACUUCGGAUCCACUCCCCCGAGGGGGCAUGAUAGGUGGGCACAGUGGGUUACAAGCGUGAAACCGAAGAAAGGAUACUGUGUCGGCCCCGAGGUAUGCGAAGCAGAAGAUGGUCAGGUUUGGGAGGACCUUUCUUUAUGAGCUUUUGCUUUUGUAGAUACGCAGAGGAGGCUCUCGUCAACAUACCAAUCACUGGAGUAAGGUGACUUUUACAGCGACGGGCAGACUACUACUGACUCCGCCGUCGGAGUUUGGAUAGGGCCCCUUGGGUUGGCAUCAUGCUGCCCUAUGAGGACAUGUCGCUUUCGUGCAGAAAUUCAUUGAUGUGGUCAUAAUUGCUGCGGGUGGCUUUUUCCAUUAGGUGUCGGGAGAGGGUUCGAUUGUCAUCUGUGACUCAGUUUCUAACAAAAAGGCGUCUUCUCUUUGGCGCUAACAAAACUGGAGAACACGCCCGAAAAAAUCACUGCCAGAAUAGAGACGGACCAAAUGACUCAGGAGACCUGCGCACACGCAGAGUGGAGGCACCGGGGUAAAGACCUCAAUAAGGAUAACCGUUCAGAUUUUUUUCAGGUCUCACAUACAAGAUCUACGGCAGGCGGGGCCUACACGGUUGUUUUUGCGGUGUGAUGAUUUCGCCAGCCCGUGCGACCUUGGAGUGGGCCCGGCGAAGACCAUAGGCUCGUGCCGCGUGUGACACUUUUGCGCGGCGCUGGUCCUGGUAUUGUUGGCGCCGGGUCUGGCGCGGCGAGGCUAGCAAAAGGCUGACGGCGGGUGGGGGGGCGUGUGGAUCCGUUGCGGCCUGAGGAGCGUGCGCCGGCCUGUGCGUGCUUGGUCGUCUCUCACUCAGAGGGCGUGGCCGCUUUCUGGCCAUCGGAGCCCCCCCUGGAGUUCUCCGUUUUGUUUUCGCACCGCCCUUUUGCAGUCCCUGGAGUAGCGGUAGCAUUCCGCCCUGGCACUGAAGGGGGCUCGCGGCCUCGGGGCUUGCAUAGUAGUCGGGGGCCGUGUGUGGACCGGCUGGGGGCCUCCCCUGUUCCGAUACUUCGAGCGGGUGCAGCGUUCUCUGCGGGCUGUUGCGUAUUGCGUGCCCUCGCUGUGAGCUUUUGCGGGGCUGGUGAUGCCGACCGCGCACCCGCUUCCGCCGGCGUGCCGCGCUUUGCAGUGGGGUCGCCUGGGGCCGGGGGUGUUGCUCUUUUUUUUCACGCGCUCGGCUGUUUUUUUCUGAGAGGCUGGCGACAUCUUCGAUUGCAAUUUUUUUCGGGGCGUGUUUCUGAGUCUUGGGGCGCCGCCGCUGCUUGUCGUGUCGGCCAGCUGACAGGGGCGCCUGCAGGGAAGGCGGGCAGCGCGGCGGGGGGGCUGUGCGGACUGCGUGCGCCCUUCUGCUUCGGUCUGCUGGCUUGCCUGGCGGCGCCGCCAUGGCAUCGCCGCUUACGUCAAUCGCUAUCGACGGCGCCCGGCCGACCCCGGGCCGCCGCCCUUUCCGCCUCGUCAUACACGUCGCUGCGCCAGAUCCUUCUAGGCUUCGCACCGCGAAGAUUCCCGUCCCCGAUUCGCCGCCCAUAGACAUCGCCUCGCUGGUGAAUGGGCGCCCGCCCGUAGCGGUGCCUCGCGGUCUGUGGUCAUACAUCGGCUACCAGGGCGACGCGAUGAUCACCGCCGGCGCCCUCUGUACCCACCCGCCACCGGGGCCGACCAGUGGGUGACCCGGCCAAGCGGCGCCCGAAAGUGCUGUCGCCCUUCGCUCUCCUGCUUACAGCCGCGCAUCUGUGCGGGCCUUUGUCCCUCGCCGGCCGCCUUGCUCGCCGCCACCUAUGCUCCCAUCGCCAUGUGGUUGCUGGUUUGCCUGAAGGGCUUAAGGCUUCCCACUCACCGCCACUCAUAAAUCUCUGUAGCUGCCGCCUUGCCGCAUAGACUUGGGCUGCCCUUGGUGGAUUUGGCUGUGUCUCUGUGGUGGUGUUCCGGCGCUCCUUGUUGCUAUGCCUCUUGUGUGUCUUGUCUGUUUCUAUGUUGUCAGCUGGAGGUCGGGGCAGUGGGGUGCGCUGCCGCUUUCGUCUUGAGUGAGGCGCGGCAGAUGCUGGGUGAAAGCGUCGCGCCCGUUGUCGUCUGUGGCGCCGCGUUCUCUCUGUGUGGUUGGGUUCAAUGGUGCAGCAUCUUUUGCGGUGGUUCUGGUAUUUUUCCCGAGUCAUGGACCCCAGCGCAUCGCCCACCAUCGUCACCACUGUUGCGUCCCAGGUGUGCCACCGUUGCGAUGGAAGGACGGUUAUACGCUAACAAAACUAGAAGUGAAGUGGUGUUUCUUGAAAGACGGCAAGGCCCUCAUCAAGCCGUGGAAAGCUGAAGGCUUUGACUUUGGUUUCCCCGAUCAGGAGUUCCUGUACUCCAGCAAGAGAAGCAGCCGUUUUCGAAAGUUUGGCGAACUGUGGGGUACGGAUGGCGACGUCUACUACAGAGCCGUUUUAAAGCGUGCAAGCGAAGUGCUGGAGGAUUUCUCGGUUCAAUACAAUUCACAGUUAUGUGCUUUUUGUCAGCCCCGCUUCUUCCUAAAUUUGAUAUCGUCACCGGGGUGCAGCGUGACUUUUCCCCAAUGUCAUUGUCCUGGAAAUGUCUAGGAACAAUUGAGUUGAGGGCAAUCGAAGGUUGCCCUUACAUUGGCAACGUCCUCUGCUGGAUAUCGAUUCUAACAAAAAAAACGGCGACGGAUCUGCCACGUCGAGAGGAAAUACUCCCGCCACCACCAGUAAGGCUUGACUUUCUCUGGGCCAGUUCCUUUCUGGUGACAUCGGAUGGUGACUGUCUCAAGGAGUGCCUCCCUUCCUGAUAACAAAACAUCAAGAAGUCAUCUCGUCUAAACUAUAACAAUAGUUGCUAUAUGUUUCUUCAAUGGUUGACUUUGUUUGGUGCAUCGGAGGGAGUAAAUAUAAAGCGCUUUCAUGAUUCGGUUUACCACCUCCUGCUCCGGGUCUGCCACCCCGUUCACCACCUCCUCUGCCGGCGUUGCCAUCUGUGGCCAGUAAUUCCUUUCUGAUGACGUCGGAUGGUGACGGCAUGCAUAUGCUUGGAGCGGGCGCUGCGGAUGUCUUUAUGAAAAGUCAGGAGUUUGUGCUAACAAGUAAGUGUCCAGUAAAUGCAAUUCAAUAUAAUUCUGUCUUACAUUUCUUGGGUAUUUAGGAUUAGGGAGUAAUAUUGAGUAUCGUACAGACAUUAGAGUGAUAUUCUCAAACUCAACCCCACCAGGCUGCACUAUGUAUCGUCGGAUUGAGCAAUAGUCAAGACUCAGAAUAUGUACAAUCCAUCCCACUUUCUUGAUUGACUCAAUAUAUAGGCUGUAUUAGUACAAAAGCAAAAUGACAAUAUUGUUUUUCUUCAACGACCUACCCCAAGCUACAAUGAAUCUCAGACUUCCUAUCACGUCGGUCAGUAUUUCAUCACUCAGGAGUCUUUACCUUUUUCGCCAUCACUCAAGAUCUAAGCCAGACAAUGGUCACCAAGUGAAGAUCGCGAUCGUGUACUUUUCGUGCGGUACAGUGGUUUGCGUUUUGGUCUCCUGGCUGCUCCUCAAGCGUAAGCACGGAUGAAAAAUUUGAUUACCUCAGAGCUCACUUAUUAUCUCAAAGGGGCAGAAAGUAGUUUACUUAUUAUACUUAGUGGCGUUCUCUCGAGCUCCUUAUUCUUCGAGGUGAAAGUUCGUCCUAGGAGACUGGAAGCCUGCAGCCCGCUGCCUGCAGGCUUCCUAGCCGCUGAUGGUUUGAAUUCUGGAACUACUUAUAGACUCGCCUCAUAUAUGGAUCUUCAUUGCCAUAUAGGAGGUGGCAUGCCAUGGUUUGACAUUGAAGAGGCUUGUCUCUUCGUGUAAGACGCUGCGUGGCACUCCAUCACAUGAUUAAUUCUUAGGAGGGUAUGGAUUCGCACUAGUUUCCUCCAUCACAUUACUUCUCUGUAUACAUAGUCAGAGUCACUUGGAUGACUAAGCAACAACUGGGGUGAAGUUUUCUAAACCUGAUGACAAGACAGGUCUUUGACUUCGUACUGAAACUAGUAGGUACCCACAUUGCUACUCAUUCCGACUAUUGCUAUUGCUAUCCCACUCCGUGCAGCCUGAGCUUGUUACUCUUGCUGGCCCACCCCAUAAAUGACUCAACUAGAUUGAACAACAACUACUACUCCUCCUACUCCAUCUGGGCUCUACCAGCCUACUCUGGGCCGUGCUAUAGACUCUCUCUGGGCUCUUCCAGCCUACUCUGGGCCGUACUAUAGACUCUAUCUGGGCUCUACCAGCCAACUUUGGGCCGUACUAUAGAUUCUAACAGCCUCUUUCGUCGCGGACGAGCGGCUGAGAAUGAGGCGGACGAGGGAUUCGAGGAAGCCGAAUCGAACGAAGUGGAGCCUCUGAUGGAGGAUGCCAUUCCCUAAAAAUGAUUAUUUUCUGUACUAUACAGUUAAUGUUAUUUUUUCAUUCAUUCACUCACUCAUUCACUCAAGCUUUUUUGAGAUCGAAAGAUGUUUAUCGGUGCUAAGAAGAUUUAAGAGUUUUUGAGGAUAUGCUUUUUGUAAAGAUUGGCACAUGCUUACCGAUGAUCCAAAUGCAAGCAAAAUAUGGCGAACAUUAAGGAGUAGGAGAUAUAAUUGGUGACUACACUUAGGAACGAAGCCUGUUUAUCUGCUCUUCACGUCCCUGUGGGUGCCCUCCACUCUCGCGUGUGCGUUUAAACUGGAACAUCUCUUGAGAGGUACGCCCUCCCCCCUCACUCACUCACUCGCUCACUCACUCACUCACUCACUCACUCACCCACUCACUCACUCGCAACGCUCUAACAAUUUUGUAUCCGUCGGAGUGGAAUAGCUUCGCCCUUUUUUGCUAAGCAAGAUAAAACCACUUUCAGUGGUAUUAUUUUUCCUAAAUCCUCUUUCACUUUCAGACGCUUCGACUUGAUAGUGUUGAAACUGAAAGAGCUUUUUUCUCCGACGGCAGUUGUUUGGAAAAGAUAGAACCUGAAUCCCGAAGUCCUUUUUUUGAAGAAGAUAGAGGAUUUGUUGAUCCAUUUCACAUUUUCAGAUGCGGCGCCAGCAAUGGAUUAUUUCGCGGUGGGUGGUGUUGGCGCCGUAGUUGGAUGGAUUGUGGCUGGGAGCAUUGA